AUGGCUCAAAUUGAGCCUAUGGACAUAGACAUUAUUGAUAGUGAUUUUGACAACAAAGAAAACAGUUUUCAUCACAGCAAUGUUUUGUCGCGGACGACCUGCACCGAAAAGGGAUAUGAGGAGUUAGAUGUGUCGGAGCUGAACAUGAAAUUGAGGUAUUCUAUUACUCCAGCCUCUUCACCUAUGUCCAAAAGUUUUACUGCUAAUUGUUUGGAUAAUAGAACCUAUGAUAGUGAAGACUACUUAAACAAUGUUGUUAUCAAUGAAAAUGGUAAUUUAACUCGUUCAUUAAAUUCCACAAUUACCAGACCUUAUCAGGAUACUAAUAAAUCUGUUAAAUCUCUUCCUUUAAAAGUUCUUUCAACUGAUCAAAAGGAGGAUAGAAGUGCCUCAGUACUCCGAUCGUUGGAUUCCUCUCUUAAAACUGAUGAAAUUAAUGUGACAUUAAGUGUAGGAAAUGAUAAUAUUGACAAUGUAUUACUGCAGAGUGCAUCAUCUUCAGUGACACAAACACCAGAAGCAACAACGCCAACAAAGGAAAUACCAAAACAUGAUGGUGGUUCUCCCAUAAUGAGAGGUCUUAAGACUGUUCUUAACAUGUUCCGUUCAUCUCAAAGCCCUAUACCGCCACCAGACAGUCAUAAUGAUAAAAAAUCAGAAGCUCUUAGCCCCACAGAUUCAACGUUAAAAGGUCCUGUAGCAUCUGUACAUUUGGCAUCAACCCCCAUUGCAAAUAAAAACACAGAAGAUAGUAGAAGAUGUAGCCCUCUAAAAGAAAGCAUUGUUUUCAAUGAUGAUCUUGAAAGGGAAUUGCAGUGGAAAGAUGAAACAACAAUAUUGUUUAAGGAAGAAAAAAUUCCAAUUCAUAAAUUAUUUCUCCCACAAACUAUGUCAUCUGUUUCAAAGACAGCAGAUUCCAUUACGAGAUCUUCAAAAAAAGAACAAAAUUAUGAUUUAAAUGCUUCUGUGGAAUAUAUGGAUAUUUUAAAUAAUGAUUCUCUAUUAGGGUGUAAAACUACUGAAAAUAUUCAACCUACUUUUAUAUCAAAUAAAAAUGAAGCAUUGGCUGUGGAGUCGGAUGGUGAAUUUGUCGACUGUGAAACUAUAUUAAAUAGUGAUGGUAAUGAAAGUAAUGUAAAAGAAGAAAUAAUUGUGGAAAGUAAUGAAAAAAAAUUCAGUGCAAUUAUACAGUAUAAUGAUAAUAAAUGUUUUCAAGGAAAAAGUAAACAGUCAAUAGGUGAUAAUAAUAUGAUAACAGAUUUAUUAUUGACCGAUAAAGGUGACAUGUGCCAUGAAAUAAAUUUAAAUAAAAACAUACAAGCAAAUUGUGAAUUUAGGAAUACCAGUAGUGAUGUUUCUUUGGAAAACACAGUUGAUGAUCAGUCAAAGCAAGCGUCGGUUGUUCAGAAUAUUUUAACAUCAACUGUAAAUGAAGUUUCAAUUUUAAAAGAUGAAAAUAGUACAAAAUUGGUAAGUAAUGAAAUUACUAACAAAAUUAGUGCAGAUAAAUUAACACAAUAUAGCCAAAUUGAGGUAAAAGUUAAUAAAAGUCCAGAAAAUUCUGAUAGUGUUGUUAUGCCUGAAGGUGUUUCUAAUAAAUAUAACUGUAAAAAUGAACAUCACAAUGAAGUAAGACUACCGUCAGAUAUUCCUUUACCUGAUGAUGAUUUUGAAAAAGAUUUUUAUUCUGUAAAUCCUAAUGCCUUGAAUCCUGUCUGUGAUCCUGUCUCCAAUGGUGAAAACUUAAUUAAUGAACACAAAGUUAUGUAUGACUUAGAAAUGAAAAAAUGUAUUGAUGUUAGUGAACUAUCUGUAAUCCAAGUAAAUAAUUCUAAACAUAUUUUUGAUAAUAAGGAAUUAUUUAGCUUAGAAUAUACGAAACCUUAUGAAAUAGGAAUUGAGGAUGUAAAUCAAACACAUCAUGGUAGUACGGAGUAUUAUUCUGAAACUAUAGAUUUAUCAAACAAAAUAUCAAUGUCAGAAUAUAUUGAAGAACACAAAAUUAUAGAAACAAGUGAAUGUUCGCAGGUUGAUAAAGUGGGAACUGAGAAAAUUAACAAUAAUGAAUUUCAACAAGGUUUACUAGAAUCUAAAGAGCAACAAAACUUACAUGUUGGUGAUAGAGUAUUGUUUGGAAAUCAAGAAAUGUUUGAUAGCCAACAAAUAACUUCAUUUGAGACUAGCUCCUUAAACAAAAACAUUUUGGAACUUAAAGAAACAACCUUUACUGAAAAUAGAGAUUUAGACAAUUUAUCCAUUAGACAUGAAGGUGUAUUGGAAAGUAAUUUAUGUGAUAACAAAAAUGAUAUCAUUAAAACGACAAAAAAGACAAGAAUACAAGAUAGUGGUAAUUUGGAAAAUACUGUAGAUCUUAGUGAAAUUGGAAGUAUAACCCAAAUGAGUACUAAUAAUGGCGAAACAGUGAUAAAUCAAAAAUCUAGAGCAAUAUCUGAGAUAGAAAAUAAUUUUGAUAGUGAUUACAUAAAUGCUACAGGAAAUGCUAUACCACAGUUUAUCUCCGACAAAAUUUUAAAUUCAAUUUUCUCUACUGCUGAAUUAACUGAAAGUAUUAAUAAAAAUCAAUUAUUAGAAAAAGAACAAAACUGUAGAUCUGAAUUACAAAUAGAUAAUAUAACUAAUGUGGUAAAUAAUGAAUCACUAAAAAUAAAAGAGAUUAAAAUUGAUAAUAUGCUUCCAGACUCAUGUGAUGAUUUACCCAAUAUAAUAGAUAUAGUUUCUGCAUGUCAAAAUCAAAAAGAAUUUAAAAAAUUACGAGAAAAUACAAUGAUUGAUGAAAUAAAUGCUAUUGAUGUAAAGAGGAACAUAAAUAAUUUAGAAGAAAAUGACAUUCACUCUUCUAAAAUUAUAACUAUUAGUCAGCAUGAAGUUGAACAAGCAAUGACAAUAUCAGACAAAAAACAAGACAAAAAUAACUUUGAUUCAUUGAAAUGUACAGAGAUGCUUGAAACAUCCAAUAUAAAUAAUUUUGCUGACAUUGUAGAAACGCCAAAGAUAGGAUGUGAUGAUGAAAAAAAUAAGUUAGAGAGUGAAUCUUUAAGAGUUGAUAGAAAUGAGAACUUAGAUUCAAGCAAUAAGAAAAUCAUAGAAAGCUUAGACAAAGAAGCAGAAUGUGAAGCUCAGGAUACAAAUGUCAGUAAAAAAUAUCUUGAUAUUGAAAAUACUAUAAUAAACAAUCCUAUUACAUUGGAAUAUACAGAGAAGCUUGAAACAUCCAAUAUAAAUAAUUUUGUUGACAUUGUAAAAACAUCAAAGAUAGGAUGUGAUGAUGAAAAAAAUAAGUUAGAGAGUGAAUCUUUAAGAGUUGAUAGAAAUGAGAACUUAGAUUCAAGCAAUAAGAAAAUCAUAGAAAGUUUAGACAAAGAAGCAGAAUGUGAAGCUCAGGAAACAAAUGUCAGUAAAAAAUAUCUUGAUAUUGAAAAUACUAUAAUAAACAAUCCUAUUACAUUGGAAUAUACAGAGAAGCUUGAAACAUCCAAUAUAAAUAAUUUUGCUGACAUUGUAGAAACGCCAAAGAUAGGAUGUGAUGAUGAAAAAAAUAAGUUAGAGAGUGAAUCUUUAAGAGUUGAUAGAAACGAGAACUUAGAUUCAAGCAAUAAGAAAAUCAUAGAAAGUUUAGACAAAGAAGCAGAAUGUGAAGCUCAGGAUACAAAUGUCAGUAAAAAAUAUCUUGAUAUUGAAAAUACUAUAAUAAACAAUCCUAUUACAUUGGAAUAUACAGAGAAGCUUGAAACAUCCAAUAUAAAUAAUUUUGCUGACAUUGUAGAAACGCCAAAUAUAGGAUGUGAUGAUGAAAAAAAUAAGUUAGAGAGUGUAUGUUUAAGAGUUGAUAGAAAUGAGAACUUACAUUCAAGCAAUAAGAAAAUCAUAGAAAGUUUGGACAAAGAAGCAGAAUGUGAAGCUCAGGAAACAAAUGUCAGUAAAAAGUAUCUUAAUAUUGAAAAUACUAUAAUUAACAAUCCUAUUACAUCAGCAAGUACUGAAGAAAUCAAUGCCCAAGCAAUUUCUGCAGCUUCUGCUAAUGCACUUUUAAACAUGAGUAUAUGUAAAGAAGGAAAAUAUGAAAAUGAAGGCUCAGAAAGCUGUAAAGAUAUAUUAUGUAAACAUACAGAUGUAAAUAAAAUUGAUCCUCAAGAGGAAAAUGAUACUGUAUAUUAUCAAGGAAAUGAAAAGGUUGAGAACUCUCCCUGUAAAAGUAAUCUUAUUGCAGCUGGUGAUCACAACAAGUAUUUAUUAAAUACUGAUAAAACUAAAGAAAAAGAUGGUUGCAUUUCAAAAGACAUUGCGGAAAAGCAUAUAAUUGACGGUGCUCCAUCUGGCAUGGAAGUUUUUUCUCAAUCUGAAAAUAUUACCAAUAUAGAAAAUAAUAUUUCAUUUCCCAAUGCCUGCAUUCCAGAUGUAUUAAAUUCCACCAACAAAAAUUUGAUAAAUCAAAGUUUAAGAAGCUCAAUAAGAGCAAAUAAAUAUGUUAAAGCAGACAGUAAUAAAGAAGAGUUGAAAAGUAUUUAUCCGAGUGAAAAUAUGGAUGUCGAUGUUACGCUGCAAGAAAUAAAUACUGAUGAUAUGAGCAGUCAAGCAUUAGGAAGUAUUAUAGUAGACAACUGCCAGUUUAAAAAAAGCGAAAAAGAAGAAGGAAUGACGAAAAUAUUGGAAAACAGUAGUUUACUUAAUUCUUUUCCUGAUAAAAACAAUAUGAGCCCUAAAAAGCUAAACAAAGACUUAGAAAAUGAAAUUGAGACAACGGAAACUAAAGUAAUGAAUUCACCUCCAUUAUCACCCAAAAUUUCAUCUAAGGGAUAUAAUUUAAAUUUUGAUGAAAUAAAUGAUCCAUUUGUAAUAAAUAGCAAACAAGUAAUGGCGAAACGCUUAGAAAACAAAAGUUUUUCUGUUUCUUCUGUCGAAAGCCAUAAGGAACCUAAACAGCUAAAGGCAGAAUUAGAGAAUAUAAUUCAACCAUUAGCAACAAAUACGAAAGUAAUGGCAUCCCCUCCAUUGUCGCCUAAAAUUUCGUCUAAAGGAUACAAUUUUGAUGAAUCAGAAGAUCCAUUUGUCACAAAAACUAAAAUAAGAAUGUCUCCUCCACCGGAAGGUACGCCUUCAUCACUGCCGUUGGUUGGCAAAAGCAGUAUUAGCACAAAGUUGACUAAAAAGGAUUUGCAAAAACGUAAAUCCUUGCCAGAGAAAAAGAGACAACUCAUUUCUCAAAAUAAAAGAAACAGUGUUUUUGACAUUCCAGGAAUGAUUGAAAAUUCGAAAAAUAUGGAAGCAGUGAUGGUACAAGAUCUAACUGAUAUUAUUAACCCAGUGGAUAUUAGUUCAUCAAAUGUAUCAGCACAGGAUACAUUAGUUGAAUCUAUUGAAGUAACUGUGUGUCAAGGUAAGGAAUUUGUCAGUGACACCGAAAAUACACAAACAAACUGUGGUAGAACUGAGUCUUCUUUAAAUGAACAGAAUAUGUUAUCUGUGAACAAUUUGGAAUCUAAAAACGUUUUCAAUCUACCGGAAAUGUCAUCACAAAUGACUUUUAAAGUCACAAAAUCGAGAUUUUGCCAGUCUCUGUCCCCCCAUAAAGAAUCAUCUAAGAAGGAUGUUUUUGAAACUCCAUUUGAAGGUUCAUCACAUUUAACUCGUCAUGAUGACGAUGGUAAGAAUGCUGAGGACGUAGAUAACAAACAAACUGAUAAAAUUGAACACGAUUCUUCUAUCGCAAGUUCCUCAUCAAAAGAGACUGAAGAUGCAACUGUUCGGGAAGUCAAUACUGAAGACGAAGACACUGUAGAGGGUCCCUUUUUUGAAAGUGACGAAAUUAUUAACGCUGAUAAAAUUUCUCAUUCUGGAACUGAAAAUGACGACAUGAUGCAUUUUUCAGACUUGCCAACUCAAGGAAAUGACGAUAAUGAAAAUGGCGAAAUGUUUAUUGAUGCUGAGGCAUAUCACUUCCUUUUAAAUCAAAAUAAAAGUAAUGUUGUUGUCAACAGUGGCAAAGAGAGCUUAUUUUUGAAAUUCGAUCCCCUUUUUGCUAAAAGAAUGUCUUCAGAUGGAGCUUUAGCAGCGCUUAAUAAUGUUCAUAAACGGCAAAGUACGCCGAAAAGGAUUUCACGGGUUCAUACAGUCGAUGUUAGUUAUAGUGAUAAAUUGUCACCUGGACCGUCAAAUUCAAACAUUACGACAGAUAUUAAUAACACAUUCGAAGCUAACACUGAAGAUCCAAAUAUUACUGUUUCUAAACCAAUGAUGGUGGUAAACCCUGCUAUUAACUCAAUUGUUUCUCCAAGAAACAAAUCUAGUACUCCUCCUAGAACAAACAGGCGUUCCCUUACAUUCACAUCUCCUGCCAUAGCUGUUAUUGACAGACUUCUCUCAUUAAGCGCUAAUAACUCUCCCAUAAACCAUGACAGGAUGACAACUGAACUCCGGAGAGAACAAAAUGAAACAGAUCUGGCUUUAACGCAGCUUAGAGAACUUUUAGCUGAAAAAGAAAUACAUGUGCACAAUCUGAGAUCGGAAAGUAAAGAGUUAAGGGAACGAUUAUCUACGCUAGAAUCUCAAGUUAAAACUUUAGAAACAGAAAGUGAACAGAGGCUGAGAAAAGUUAAUGAAUUAAAUGAACGUUUAGUUGAAAAAACAAAAAUCAAUAAGAGCAUGGCGGCAGUUGUCGAAGAAUAUGAGAGGACUAUAGCCAGUUUAAUUGCAGAAACGGAGCAAGACAAGAAGCUCCAUGAAGAGGAACGGACUAGAUUGAUCAAUGAAAGAGACGAACAGACUGCACACUUAGCGAGUAUGGAGAUCUCAUUCAACGAUCUGCACAGCAAAUAUGAAAAGAGUAAACAAAUAAUUCUAAGUUGUAAAGCAAAUGAAGACACUUACAAGAAAUCGAUCCAAGAGUUUGAAGAGAGUUUGCAAAAAAUGCAGAACAAUUAUGAGCUGUUAAAACAACACGCAACAUCAAAGCUAAACCACGCGAAUCAGGAAUUAGAGAGAUUAAAUAGGUCACACGAAGCUGAAAUAUUGAAACUGAAUGCUAUGAUUAAAAGGAAGGAGCUGCAUAUUACGUCGCUUGAAGAGACUCUGGCGCAAAAGACCAAAGCCAAUGAGGAGUUGACGGCAAUUUGCGAUGAGCUCAUCAACAAGGUCGGUUGA